AUGCAGCCUCACUAUCGCGGAAAUAACCCGGGCUACGAACUCCCACCGGUGCAGUCAGUGACGUCGGGCGCAUUCCCGGCUCCUGCGGCCCUGCUUUCCGCUCCGCCGAGCAGACCAAACAGUGGUAUGCAAAUGGCUCAUCUAUUACAACCUAUGCAGCAACUAGCUGCACCAGCAACAUCACCCUACCAGCGCUUCUAUGACUCUGCUUCAGGUUCUCCCGCCGAGAGUGGUGCGCUCCCCGAUCCGCCGCCAAUGGGUUCAGCUCCUCUCUACCAAACCAGCCCCGUCGGCCAUGGCCAACCGACCCCCGCGCAAUUACAGCAAAAGCGCGCAUAUCGCCAGCGUAGAAAAGAUCCUAGCUGCGAUGCCUGUCGCGAACGCAAGGUUAAAUGUGACGCUUCCGAAUCAUCCAGUUGCACCGAAUGUAACAAUCGCAGGGUCCGCUGUCAAUUUACCAAGGAGACCAACCGUCGCAUGUCGUCUAUCAAGCAAGUUCAGGAUUUAGAGAAACAGCUGCAAAACACCAAGCAGCAAUUACAGCAUCUACAGACUGGAAUGAUGCGACCGGAUCGCAUGGUUGAUGUCGAUGAAGGCGUGCCGCAGCCGAUGAUCAAGUUGCCUGAGAUCGAGUACCGCCCUGUGCGUCGGUCAAAGGCGCCUAUUGCUCAGGAUUUUUCUGACGUGCGCUCUAAUCUCCGCCACUAUGGACGUGGCAUUUUCAAAGUGCCGACCCCUUACCGCGCGCAGGGUGCGGAGUCACUGGUAACGGGUAAUGCGCCGGAUCUGCCGCCAAAGAACUUGGCAGACCACCUGUUGGCGCAAUACUUUAAUUGUGUUCACUCGGUGUUGCCAGUGCUUCACUGGCCCACCUUCACUGCGGAGUAUGACAAAGUCUAUCGGUCGGGCUCAUUACUAGGAGUCUCGAAUGUAUGGGCGGCUGUUCUGUUUGGUGUAUUUGCCUGUGGUGCUAUCCAUACAACAGAGCCAAACCGCGAAGAGGAAGGCAAGAAAUACAUUCGCACAUCAUGUGGAAUUAUCGAUGUCUGGCAUGAUAGCUUUAACUUGGAUCGGGUUCGGGCUGCUUUGCUGUCAAGCAUCUUUUUGUAUGAGGUCAAUUCAAAGUCGGCCAGCUGGGUGUGGAUUGGUUCCGCCACACGUGUGGCCCAAGAGAUUGGGUUGCACAUCGACUCCGGACCAUGGCCUGCCGUCGAAGGCGAGAUGCGGAAACGCGUUUGGUGGGGGGUAUACGCCUGGGAUAGACUACUCGCGCUCGAGAUGGGAAAGCCGGUACUGAUCAAUGACCAAGACUGCGAUAUCGAUCUACCAUGUCCGGUGGACGAACAAUACAUCACAGAAGGAGGCAAGACCCCGGACAACCAACAAACCACACCAUUACUAGCAACUAUUCACGUCGUCCGCUCAAUCGGCCAACUCACCCGCACCCUUCGCUCAGCAACCAUCAGCUCAGCGACCCUCGAAACCUUCGAACUCCAUUUCAACACCUGCCUCGCAACCUUCCCAUCUCAAUUCCACCCCAAAACCGACCAAGACCUCGACCCCCGCUCCCUCGCCCCGGUUAUCUACCUCCAAAACGCCCGCCUCCUCCUCCACCGCCACAACAUCUCCCCCUUCUGCCCAGAUAUCGUCCGUGCCUCUGCAAUGGACUACUGCGUCUCUACAGCCCUCGACACAGCCAAUAUUCUCGCCCGCUGUACACGCAAUUACCCAACUCACCCCACCCCCGGCAACGACCCACGUGCCCUCUUCGCCUCCUGUGCCGGCUCCAUCCUCUGCACCCACAUCUGGCGCUGCAGCCUGCUCCUUCUGUUCCGCGCCGAAUACGCUGGCGCCCUCGCUUGCGUGCAAGCCCUCGUCUCCAUCGGCGACACGCGCACCGCGAACGCCGCCUGCGGCCGCUACCUCGCCUUCUUCUUGCGGCGUCUGCUCUCCCGCAUCCGCGCCGAGGGCCACAUCCCGGAUCUUGACCGCGACGAAGAAAUGUUGGCCUACGUUUCGGGCGAUAUGCAAGGCACCAGCGAUGGCAGCUGGGUCUGGCACGGCUCCGAGACGGGCUCGCAGCUCGAGGGCAUGGGGCACAGGACGACGCCGAAUCCCGCCGGCAGGCCGGAGACGGACACGGAUGAGGAGUGGGAGGGGUGGGAGUGGAUUGAGAAAGUUGUUCACGAUAUGUUCUCCGAGCAGCAUCGGCUGGAGUAUCCGGUCCCUGUUCAGGCGAAGCAGGAUGUCUCUGCCUCUGCUCUUGCGCCGGAACCGGCGUCUACGGAUAGGCGGUCGAGUUCCGCGCAUUCACGCAUGACGAUUGCUAGCAUUAUUUAA